AUGAGUCUUCUACUCUUCUUGGGGCUGUUGUUGGGGUUGUGUUGCUUCUUGGGUGUGGAAGUAGUAGUACCAAGGGCUGCAGUAAAGGAAGGCGUUGACUCUCAACGUUCCCUACAACCUCCUGCCCUGCGUACACCAUUGAGAAUAUCGGCGGAUCGAAUGGCUCGACGACGUUUGGGAAGCGGCGGGUACACGGAAGCGGAAAAGUACCAUCCCGACAAAGACGACGUCUCCUGCUCCGACUACUUUGCCAAUGAGACAAUAUGGAAUGCGCCUGGGUCUGCUCCUCCGCCUUUCUUUAGUCCUGGAAGUUUUGGUGGUGCUGGUGGUGGCGCCAAUGGUAAUGAAGGGACUCGAGGAGGAUGGUUCGGCGGAGGAGGUGGACGACCACCGCCUUGUCGAUAUUCCGAAAGCCCAGAUGACGACAACGACACCAACAACAACAACGACGAUCCCGUACCAGCUCCAAUGCCAUGGACACCACCGCCAACAGAGGAUCCCAAUCAAAACUCAAACAACCCCACGUCAGGUGUGACAGAAGAAGAAAUAGUCAAUUCGUCAGCUCCUACUGAACUCAACAACAACGAAGGCAACUACUCCAGCCUCUGUGCACCGUCUCCUGUUCCAACUCCUGUUCCAAGUCAAGGUCCAACUCCUCUUCCAACGAAGAGUCCAACGCAAAGUCCAACGACGCAAACACCUACCAGUCCACACGAUGCCUAG